AUGGCGACUAGCACCAAACUUGCGCAGAAGUUGAGCAAUAUCGCCGCAGCAUGGCCUAAGGAUCCAUUUAGGCCUCAAAUCCAGCUCAAAACGUUUCUCACCUCGUUAUCGGCGCAUCCCAAUCUUACGCCGCAAGCGGUACAGGCCGCACGCGCAUUGAAAGACAAUGAUAUGUUCAAAAAGUAUCCGUUGUCGAGGAAGAUGUUACAGCCAGCGUCCAUGCCCAAGUACUACGAUCGCCUCGUGGAAGGGUUCGAGAAAAGCGCGCAGGGAAUUGCCAGGCCUUGGUGGAAGGUCUUUUUUGGCAUUUGGUAG